UGCGGGGCUGUAGGAAUCUUUUCUUUUUUCUUUUCUUUUUUCUUUUCUUUUUUCUUUUCUUUUUUCUUUUCCCCAGAUGAGUGAAAGCGAAGCUUUUUCUCCCGGGCAUCUUCCCGGAGAGUCACCGGGAGACUUGCCGGGAUCUGAAUCCUCAGGCAGGGAUCUGGACUACCACCCAUCGAAUCAUUAUCAAGAGCUGCUCUAUAAUUUAUAUUAUGUUCGCAAAGAAAUCAGUGACUCCCAACAGUCUUCAACUUCGGCAAAGUCAAGAUCAAUGAGCACAAAUUCGUCGGAACAACUUGAUUUUUAAUUCAACCAUUCAGAACCAGAGAGUCCGAUACAAUGGGCUCCAUCGAUGUUGACACCGUUCUACCUCCAGGUGCUUGGGAUAGCCACAUUCACAUUGUGGACGAGGAUCAGUUUCCCUUACACCCCCUGCAUCCCUAUCGCCCUAAGAAAGCUCCAUUGUCUAGUCUUCAAGCUUUCCAUCGCAGCUUAGGUAUUGAGCAUGCAUGCUUGAUUGCAUUCUCCGUCUAUCAUACAGACCACAGCUCUAUCCUUGAUGCGCUCUCGCGCCUUGGGAAAGGUCGUGCAGUAGGCUGUAUCGACCAGAGUGUCAUAUCCGAUGAGGAGCUGCAACGGCUACACGAAGCGGGCAUGCGUGGCAUCCGUCUUAACAUGCGCACCAGGGGUGAUCCGGUGAACAAGGCUGCCGUGAUAGCAGCUGCCGACCGUGUGCGGCAUCUUGGGUGGAUGAUCCAGGUGUAUAUUGCCUUGGAACAGAUCAUCAAGUUCGUACCACUGGUGCCGCGGAUCGGCCUACCAAUUGUCAUCGAUCAUAUCGGGGCACCUGAUGAGGCUCGCGGGCCCUGCAGGCUGCAGCCGGGGUAUGCCGAGCUCAUCGAUCUGCUCCGCACGGGGCAGGUGUGGACCAAGUUGAGCGGCACUUAUCGCUUUCCCAACCUUCCUGACCUCGACGAGUACGUCACCGACAUAUUGCGAACGGCCCCAGACCGUGUCAUCUGGGCGAGUGACUGGCCGCACAGCGGGGGUGUGGAGGCAAGCCCGGGCGGAGAUCGCACUCAGGUGCAGGAAUACCGGAAGGUUGAUGAUGCGGCAUUCAUAGCUAGAUGUAGGAAGUGGUGCCGAGAUGUUGAAGGCGGAACCGGAGCAGGACUGGCGCGCAAGAUCUGGGUAGAGAACCCACGAACGCUGUGACAGUGGGAUGGCGACGAAUGAGUAAACCACCGAGGUGAUAUCACACUUGUA